AUGUACCACGAUAUUUACACCCUUUCUCCUGAGCAGAGCUUCAUCCGUUUUAAAGAAAUUAACUCCGAACCAAAACCUUCAGCCGAGUGGCUGGCAAAGAAGAAAAAGUUGAGAAAUGCAUGGCUCACUUCUCAACCUAAGACGACGACGACAACAGCUGCACUCUCGGAUCAAUUCUCUACACUUCUUUUCGCAGUACUCGGAUUUCUUGUUUUGGUUACGCUCAUCGGGCCACUGACUUGCGCUGUGAAACGAAACGCUGUGAAACGGCAAAGAAAUCCUGACCGUGAAGUCCAAGGACAUCUAGAGUUAAUCGAGCAGUCUCUCCGCUCGAAAUCCUUGCUGCUCGAAAUAAAAUCUUAA